CGGAACGCUUCACGUGCUGAAUCAUUCGACAAAGCGAAAGUUGAAGGAAUUUCUAACCUGCUUUAAAGUGCUCUAAGCACUUCAUGUCAUUAAGAUUGAUAGGGAGACUAACACAUUUAAAGCCAUCAAUUAAGUUGAAAUUACAUCUCCAAUUAUCUCCAAAAUUUGCAAUUCAGAAACAUAUUGUGCAGCCACUUUCUCACUUCUGUAAGUUUGUAUAUUGCAAGCCUGCCGUUUUAAAAAGUUGGAUUACAGCAGAUUUUUCAAGAAUAUUUAAUCACCAGUCAACAUCAGCUAUGCCAGAAGCAAAACCAUUCGAGAGGUUGCCACAGACCCUGUCACCGGUCAAUUACAAUAUUCGUUUGAAACCAAAUUUGAAAGCAUUCACAUUUGAAGGAUCAGAAGAUAUUGAUAUUGAGGUGGUAAAGCCUAUAUCAGAAAUAACUAUUAAUUCUGUUGAGAUAGAAGUGCAAGAGGUGUCUUAUGUUGCCAAUGGUAAAAAUGACACAGUCAAAGGCACAAUAUUCUACAACAAGGAAGAUGAAACAGUCACUUUCACUUUUCCGUCAGAAAUACAACCAGGGAAGGGCAGAAUGAGUAUGACUUUUACUGGAAUUCUGAAUGACAAAAUGAAAGGAUUUUAUAGAAGUAAAUACACAACACCUGAUGGAGAGGAACAGUAUUCAGCUGUUACACAGUUUGAGGCCACUGAUGCCAGGAGAGCUUUCCCAUGUUGGGAUGAACCAGCUGUCAAGGCAACAUUCGAUGUCACAUUGGUUGUUCCUAAAGACAGAGUUGCCUUGUCAAACAUGCCUGUAAAGUCAGAACAAGUCUAUGAAGGAGACAGCAAAUGGAAGGUUGUUAGUUACGAGAGGACACCAAUCAUGUCUACAUACCUGCUAGCGUUUGUUGUGGGAGAAUUUGAUUACGUAGAAGGGAAGGAUGCUGAUGGUGUACUAGUCAGGGUGUACACACCUGUUGGCAAGAAAGAAGAGGGAAAAUAUGCAUUAGACGUAGCAGUAAAGACAUUACCAUUUUACAAAGAUUACUUCAAGAUACCUUAUCCUCUACCAAAGAUGGACUUGAUAGGACUUGCUGACUUUGCAGCUGGUGCUAUGGAAAACUGGGGUUUAGUAACUUACAGAGAAACAGCAUUGUUUGUGGACCCAAAGAAAUCAUCAGCCAAAACCAAACAAUGGGUUGCACUAGUUGUAGGACAUGAGUUGGCUCAUCAAUGGUUUGGUAAUCUUGUUACCAUGGAAUGGUGGACCCACUUGUGGUUAAAUGAAGGUUUUGCUUCCUGGAUAGAAUAUCUGUGUGUAGAUUUCUGUUUUCCUGAGUUUGAUAUCUGGACACAGUUUGUUAAGAAUGAUUUAGGAAGAGCUUUAGAACUAGAUGCUCUCAAUAACAGCCAUCCUAUAGAGGUACCCGUAGGACAUCCCUCAGAAGUAGAUGAAAUAUUUGAUGCUAUAUCAUACAGUAAAGGUGCUUCAGUCAUCAGAAUGCUUCAUGACUAUAUAGGGGAUGCUGAUUUUAGAGUUGGUAUGAAUGCUUAUUUAACUAAGUUUAAAUACAGUAAUGCCUUUACAGAAGAUUUAUGGGAAUAUCUAGGUAAAGCUAGUGGAAAACCAGUUGCUGAGGUCAUGACCUCUUGGACCAAACAGAUGGGUUAUCCAGUUAUAAAGGUAACAGAAAAACAAGAUGGGAAGAACAGAGUUCUAUCAUUGUCACAAGCAAAGUUCUGUGCAGAUGGUAAAAAGCAAGAAGGGGAGCAGUCCAAGUGGAUGGUACCCUUGUCAUUCUGUACAGCAUCAAGUCCAGAUAAACCAGUGAAAAAAAUACUUUUAGAUAGCUCAACAGCAGAAGUCACACUGGACAAUGUUAAACCUGGUGAAUGGGUUAAGGUAAACUGUGGCACUGUGGGAGUAUAUAGAGUACAGUAUUCAUCAGAAAUGUUAGAGUCACUUAUAACAGGGAUCAAAGACUGUAGUAUAGCACCUUGCGACAGAUUAGGUAUACAGAGUGAUCUGUUUGCUUUGGCCAGAGCAGGAUUAGUGUCUGCAGUUGAUGUAUUGAAGGUAGCCGAGGCCUAUAUAAAUGAAACUGACUAUACAGUAUGGAGUGAUCUUUCUAUUAGUCUUGGUACACAAGGUGCAUUGAUACAGAGUACUGAUGCCACAGAUGAAAUGAAAGCCUAUAAUCGUAACCUCUACAGCAAAGUCUUCCAGAGUCUAGGCUGGGAAGCUAAAGAAAAUGAAGGACCAUUAACUGCCAUGUUAAGAGAUCUAGUAUUGGCCAAACUAGGUCGUAACCAAGAACAGUCUGUUGUUAUGGAGGCUAAGAAGAAGUUCCUAGAUUUUUACAAUGGAAAACCUCUGUCAGCUGAUUUAAGGGACCCUGUAUAUGUAACAGUUAUGUCUAAUGGUGAUGAAGAUCUGUUUAAUAAAAUGUUGGAGUUAUAUGAUAAAGCAGAUAGUCAGGAAGAGAUGAAUCGUAUCAGCAAAGCAAUUGGUGCAGUUAAAGAUGAAGCUUUAAUCAAAAGAGUUCUGGACUUUGCCAUGUCUGAGAAAGUCAGAUCUCAGGAUACAGUAUUUGUGAUUGGUGGUGUGACAGGUUCUGUUAAGGGGAGAGAAAUGGCUUGGCAGUUCUUAAAGGAUAACUGGACACAGUUACAUGAUAGAUAUGAAGGAGGUUUCUUAUUAUCAAGACUUGUGAAGGUAACCACAGAAAAUUUUGUGACCGAAGACAAGGCUAAAGAGGUAGAGCAAUUUUUCACUGACCACCCAGCACCAGCAGCAGAGAGAACAGUAAAACAGUCGUUAGAAAACAUUGGUCUCAACAUCGAAUGGAUGAAGAGGGACAAAGAUGCUGUCUCAGCUUUUUUAAAAAGCCGAACAGCUUAAAUCAAAAAGACAUCAAAAGUAAAAUCUGACUCGAAAAGUUCCAACUUAGUCUCUAAUAUAAUUCCAUCUGUUAUCUGACUUUUUACAUGUUGUCAGUUCUAUUUAGAUCGGUAUAAAAAAACCUGAUUACUUUUACCAUCAAAAGUGGAUCUAAGUUAAGUUACAGAAAUGAUAUUUGGUUUCUUUUCAAAUUAUUUUUCAACAGCUUUCAGAAAGCUUGUGUAUUUAGCUAGAGAGCAAUGAUACCAUGCAAGAAAACUUGCAGUAGACAAGUAUUGUCUGCUGGAAGAUAAAUUUAAAUCAUGGAACUUUAACAGUUUCAUUAAAUGAUAACCAGUUAUUGUUAUAUAUAGUGUAAUGAAUUUAAAAUAUAUUCAUAAUGGCAUAUAUAUGGUGCAUAAUUUAUGACAGUGCUGUUUUCAUAAAACCAUAUUUAGAAUUGCAUAAUAACUACAUACUCUGUUGACUCUUUGACAAGCUUUGAAAUGUCAAGAAUUCUUAUUUAUCUAACGGAUAUAAAAAACUAAAGUGAUGGAUCUAUUUAAUUUUGAUUUGAAACAUUAUAACACUAAAUGUAAUUGUUUUAAUUUUCAUUCAUUAUUUUGGUUUAUAACUAUAAGAAAUUGAAAAACUACUAUAAAAAAGUCAUGAAAACAGACAAAAACAGUAGUAUUUUAUUUUUUUUAUAAUUACAAACUGAACAAAACAUUACAUAAAAUCAGAUAGUGCUUUAAAAUUCAUAAGAGUGAAAAACAUUAAUUUAUGAUUCAGAACCUUUUUCAGCAUAUUUGUUCUGAUUCGUUGAAUUCAAAAUUAUCAUUUCGUUAUAUAUAUUUUUUUCAUUAGUAUAUUAGAAUGAUAUAUUUUGUUAUUCAGACACUUAUAAACCAGUAUUACUAUGUUCAGUUAGAAUAUGUAUUAGAUUGUCUGACAUGAACUUUUCAUAGAGAAUCUAAUCUGUUGUCUUUUGUUAUGUUGUAUCUAUAUUCUUUGUUGUUUGGAAUAUUUAAUGUUAACAUCAUAUUAAUGACUUCUGAGUUUAAUUACAUCAUUUAGGUACAGCAAGAUUUGACAUUUUUUCAGGUAGAAGCCAUUAUUAAGUUGUCUUGAUAACACAUGUUUUACUUUAAUUUAAAAUCGGUUCCAUACUGGUAUCAAACAAAGUUUUGCUUGUUAAAUGGACAAAGCUAAAUAUAAACUUUUUUCUUUUCUCACAUUGAGGGAGGAUAUUUAUUUAAGUAUGAUAAAAGGGGGUUACUGUAUAGCAUAAAUUUUCUCUUAUUUUCGCGGAUUAACCAAAAUCACCAAAAUAAAUUCUGCCAAAUUAAAGCACAUGUACAGGAACAUUUUUAUAAUACACAGGUCUACAACAGUACAUGUAAACUAAACUACCAAAAAUAACCUGCUAUACGUUAACUGAUAAAAUUUCAGCAUUACAAGUAUUCUGUUAUCAUUCACAAAUUAGUUGGAUUAUUAAAGUGUAUUUGAAUAACUGGGACCAAUAAAUUAUAUCUGACCUCUG